AUGGGCCAGAUGGCAGGAGACCUUGGCUGGCGGCUUGGCCUUUUACUGCUCUCCCUGCUCCUGGCUCGAGCUGGUGUCUGGGGAUUCCCGAGACCACCAGGGAGGUCCCCCCUGAGCCUGCAGGAGUUGCGGAGGGAGUUCAAGGUCAGCCUGCAGUUGGCCAAGAAGCUGUUCUCGGAGGUUCGGAUCCAGGCCCACCACUUUGCUGAAUCUCAGUUGCCAGGAGUAAGCCUGGACCUCCUGCCUCUGGGAGAUCAGCUCCCCAACGUCUCCCUGCCCUUCCAGGCCUGGCACAGCCUCUCUGACCCAGAACGACUCUGUUUCCUCUCCAUGAUGCUUCACCCCUUCCAUGCCCUCUUGGAAAGCCUGGGAAGCCAAGGGAGCUGGACUAGCUCUGAGAAGAUGCACCUGUGGACCAUGAGGCUGGAUCUCCGGGAUUUGCAGCGGCAUCUCCGCUUCCAGGUGCUGGCGGCAGGACUCAGCCUUCCUGAGGAGGAGGAGGAGGAGGAGGAGGAGCAGCAGCAGCAGCAUGAGGAGAGGAAAGGGCUGCUCGCAGUGGCUCCGGGUGGCCCCUCCCAGACAGCAGUGCAGCCCUCCUGGCCUCAGCUCCUCUACACGUACCAGUUGCUGCACUCUUUGGAGCUCGCCUUGGCUCGGGCCGUGAGAGACUUGCUGUUACUCUCCCAAGCUGGAAACCCAGCCCCACCCGUGGGGCACUCCACAUUUGGCUCCCAGCCCUGAUGGAGCGACUUCUCAACCCCAUUCCUUCACCACCCUUCAGGA